AUGAUGAUGACCAACGACAACGACAACAACCCCAGUACUGGUACCUCCAAGAAGACCAAGCUCUGGAGCCGUCGGAAACGACGUCACAUUCGCAAUGAGACAUUGACGAUUGUUUGGAAUUACACAUCCAAUCUACUGCAACAUUGGUGGGCCAACGCACGAGGAUAUCCGCCGCCACAAGAACCCAAUCCACCACGACGAGCCAUUCUAGAACAUCCCAAGGAUUGGCUGGUACCGACGCCUUCAGAAGAAAUCACCAAUGAUCCGGCGUUGAAUACUACUACUACUACUGAAAGGAGAGAAGAUACCAAUGGUACUCUGCAAACACAAGAAACUGUGAAUCGUGCAUCUUCUACGAUUGUGGUGGAAAUGGCAUCCAUGCCGAUUACUGCUACUGACAACAGCAACGAUGUGGUCUUGCAAAUUGAUUGA